CAAAGUACAUCUCGGGACGGUAUUAUUUCUCAGGUGCAAGCAUUACGGACCUAUGCUUAAGUCAAAAUCUUAGCCAAAGCCCACUACUUUCUAGUUUUAGGGCCUGCUAAUUAAAGCAUGUUUAACCUCGAAAAAUUAAAUUUCAAUUACAAUUGUAACUCUAAAGCGUCGUGAACAUGGAAUUAACUCAAGAGAAGGAGCUUCUAAUUUUCCUUCUACGGAUGCAAUAUUAUCGAACAUCCCAUAGUCCGGUGGAUGAAAAAGUAGUUGCAGCGGAUAUACCGAAAGUCCCGCAAUUGAGAAAGUAUCAGAAUUUACUAGGCAAAAGCUAUUCAUUCAGAGACUUACCGUUAGAGAGUCCUCCGAUUCUUGCCAGUGAGUUUACAGCUUCCUUGGAAAAAACUUCAGGAAACAGGGAAAACGCGAGUCGGAACUUGAAAGACGGUCCCGACAUUAAUUCGAAUUUUGAAGACUCAGAUUAUGCGGUUUCAGAUUUCUCAGGGUUUUCGGAUAUGGUUGGCCACGAAAAUCCUUGUUUAUUUUCCUUUACCAAGGUUCCAAUGCGAAGGAAUACACGUUCAGAGAGUGAAGAUAAUCUAAACCAAGCACAGAAAAAUACCAGAAAAGGUAUGGAAAGCCAGCUAUCGCACGAAAAGAACUGUAAACCGAAAUUGGAUAAUAAUCAAGCAGUUUCUCGGUUCAGCAGCCUGUCAUCCGAAUAUGAGCGGGUCCUGAAUUCAUCUUCAGAUGAAUCUUUACAAAUUAGUGAUGGAGAGAUAGGUAUAUAUACUUACCAAAAUCCAAUUAAAAAUGAGGAGGAGGAAACUGAAUUCGGAUCUUUUGAAAAAUCACGAGAGCAGGUCGAUAAUGAUGCAUUAAGAAAAGUUCCGAGUAUUGUAAAGCAGCCUGAAUCUGCUUUGCGGAAGCUUUUUGAAAACGCAAAUUCUUCAACUCAACAAAAUCCUUUAGCAGAUAAUUUUGCAGGGUUUUCUGGGCGUGCUGAACCAAAUCCAUUAAGAUUAAAAAUAUACUGUCCUUUCAGCGAAAAUGCUUCCCAGCCAAUGCACGUUGAGUUGCGACAAAGUAUCUUAGUAUUUGAGGCGAUAGGCUAUAUUCUUUUUGAGUAUAUAAGUCAAAGUAUCAUGCCAUUAAUAGAAGACGAAGCGCAGAAUCCAAAUUAUUGGAACUUGCGUAUUGUAGAAGAUGACGGAGAACUGGAUGAUGAUUUCCCUGCUUUGGAUCGCACUGGGCCCCUAGCAAAGUUUUCCUUUGAUGCAUUUGCCUUGGUAAAAGCUACGAAUGCUCAAAUAAAAGAGAAUCAAAGCGCAUUUCCGUUCGUUUCGGCUAAGAAAACGUUGGCUCCUGUUUCUGAUGAUGAACAUCUGCACGUACGUAAUUUAAGUUCUACUUCAAACAACUCUCAUAAAGUUGGGGAAAGUGAUAAGGACAUAUUUAACUCCAUGCAUGCUGUGCAAAUCCGAUUAUAUCCUUACGGGGAAAGUUCCCGCUUCUGUAAGGUUGAGGUUUCAAAAAAUACACGAUUUGCUAUGGUCUUGAAUCAAGUUUGCUGGAUGAAACAACUGGAACGUUUUAAGUACACACUGCGAAUUGCCGAUUCAAAUGUUACUCUUCCUUUAGAUAAAACCUUUCAAUCAAUUGAUGGUUUUCCGACUCUGGAGUUGGUGAAAAAGAAAAUGAGGGAUAAAAAGGGACCUGGUCUUCCGGUAAGUACUCCCUCUCCAGAAGAGUCUACCUAUAAUUCUACAAAAAAAGAAUACUUUCCACCAGCAUAUAAUGCUGCGGACAUUAUGUCUAGUAACACUUAUCAAGAAUUUAUUGUUUGGAAACGUCAGCCUGUCUCAUUUAUGGGACGACACGAACGAUUACUCGCUAUUGACGGCGAAUAUAUACACAUAAUGCCUUCGGAAUCUCGAAACAUUUUUGAAACGCCCAAGACAACUAGCAUUCAUGUUGGGUCAAUAAUUAUCUGCAAACAAUCGAAAAAAUCGCCUUGUAAUUUUAAAUUGAUUAUAUCUAGAAACAGAGAAACAAAAAGAUACGAUUUCGAGGUUCUAUCAUCACUGGAAGCUGCGGUUAUCGUUACUAGAAUUCGGACACUAAUGAGUGCUAUAGCCAGAAACAAUUAAAGGUGGGUUUUUAUAUUUAGACUGGAGAAUUUAUGAAUAUUUUGGGGAUUUAUGAGUAAUGACUAAACAUCUUCGAAGUCUGCGUCGUCCUCAUCAUCAUCCUCGUUUUCUUCGUUGAUAUCAUUUAUAAUGACAUGUUUUGCUUUUGUAUCAUCAUUUGAAUUAAGCGGUUCAAAAUUUUCUGUAUGUAA